AUGGCAAACUUACUCUCAUUGCCCACCGAACUUCUUAUUCAAAUAUUAUCUGAUGAUUCUAUUGCUUCUUCAGACCUCUGGACCUGUCGACAGGUCUGUAGGUACUUCAACAAUGUCGCAGAAAAAUGUUCAAUCAACUAUAUUUUCCAAGUAGAUGCUGUCAAUCACCCAACAUGGAAAUUGGCCCGCUGCCUUCUAAAAAAUCCCGAUCUUGGAAAACGAUUCAAGUCCAUAAAGGUUACCUGGAGCCGACGUAUACCGAGGAAACCUAUGACUUGGGCACCACAAUGGAAGUGGUCAGACAGUGACCAAGAAAAACUGACACAGAUUUUGUGUGAUGGGAAUCCAGGGAAUCGUAGUAUAUUUGGAGGAAUAAGCAACGGGCUAAACUCCGAAGCAUUACUUCCAUUCGUACUACUUUACACUCCGAAUCUGCAAUCCCUCGACAUGGGAGAUGCAAAACUGGAUAUCAUGGGCCCUUACGUAUCUGUUGGAGAAUCGGAGCGUAUCUAUCAAUACUGUACCGUUGAGGGAUCACAAAACUGGCGGUCUCGAGUUUCCGGCUAUUCACUGGAUCUUUGGAACCCUAGUAUCCCGGAGGAGGUCCGUGAAGAUGGCUGCAAAAACCAUUAUUCCUUCCUAUACCUCCACAUGCGUCUCGAUCCCGGUUGGCUCCCCGGGUUAUCCAAUAUUACUCAUCUCGCACACGGAUGUCACCGCACUGGUGGAUAUUUCGAUAGAUGGCCUGCUAGCCAUCUCAUCCUCAUGAUGCUUCUUCCUCGCCUGGAGACUGCUCAGUUUUAUGGUGCAACUAUCCUCCGUCUUGAUGGUACCGACCUACAAGUCCAUACCAACCCGUUAGAGUUGGAUAUUGACCCGAAAGUCAUGUUUCAAAAAUCAACAAUUAAACACCUCGAACUCCUAAACUGCCGCUUUCGAAAACAAGACUAUAGAUCCAUAGCUCAAAUAACCGGAUCAUUGCAGUUUUUCAAGUGCAUACUCGAACACGAAGAAGUUCCAUGGGGAGACUAUGCUUACGAAAGCGAUGUUCAUGACUUAUUCCGUCUUUAUAACAGUAACACCCUCAAGAAUGAGUUUAUACAAGUUAGUAGAGCUACAGGCGAGGAUAAAGAUCCGAAGGAUUUGGAAAAGAAGAUCGAUUAUGGGCCUGACGAUGACUACUUCUACGAUUCUGACGGUGGCCAUUUUUUACCUUAUGUGGAUGAUGAAGAUGGUUGGACAUCAGGCUCAGAGGAAGAUCAUGAUUCGUCUAAUAGUCUUGGGCCUAGUCACUUUGGGGAUGGGGAUGCUUCUGAUGUAUUUAAGUCGGAUGGAUCUCAACAAUCUCCUUAG